AUGGGGACCAUACCUCUGACGAGAUAUCCAUCACCGAUGGUUCUCGAUGAGAGGCAACUACUGGGACCGAAAGAGAAGAAAUUCUUCAAGAUCCCAGGUUUGUUAUUCGCCGACGACCUAGUCUUGAUGGCAAACAAAAUCGCGGAUAUGGAAGCGCUCCUAGAAGUAACAACUAGAUUUGGGGAUGAUAUGUCUAUCAAAUUCAACCCUGAGAAGAGCGGAGUCAUGGUCUUCUCUCGACCACCAAACGACCAUUCCGAAGAUAAAACUCUUGAGAUACAGGGACUUCCAAUACCAAAGGUGGAUUCCUACAAAUAUCUAGGAGUUGUUUUAUCGGCAGACGACGACUAUCUGUCCCAGCUUUGGGACAAAAUGUCCGAAAAAGCCAACCAAGCAAUACAGAGACUCAACGCGAGAACCCUCUGGAGCUUCAAUAGAUUCGAAGUCUCCAAAGUUCUCUGGAAAACUACAGCCGUACCGCAACUCACGUACUGCAAUACAGUCAUAACUAUGCCAAAAAGACUGAGAAACCACAUCGAAGUCAGGCAGCGAGACGCGGGGAGAUGGGCCCUUGGCAUUCCCAACUCCACAAUAGCCAAAGAAUUCAUCGAAG